GCCCCGUCGAGUCCGGAUCAGCUGAUCGCCUUCCCUCCGUACGGGUGGGAUUCAGUUCCCUUUGUGUCAGUGAGAGAGAGAGGGAGGCGGAGGCCGCUGUUUUGUCCUGCUGGCGACUUCGUGGAGGAAAAGGCGUCUUGGGAAGAUCUGAGGGAGGCUUGUGGUUUAUGGUGCUUGUGGUCAGCCUCCUUGCGGGAGCGGGCGGAAAGCAGCUAGACGUAGAAGACGCGUCGACUAUUUUAACGAAGCAUAACAUCAACAGCCCAGAUGACGUGAAGCAGGUUGUAGACUUCAAGGAAAACUGCCGUAAAAACGUUGGCGAAGAUGCCGUCAAAGCUAUUGAGAAAUCUCAGCAGGACCUCUUCCCUUGCUUCUCGAGCAUCAUCAAGAUGGAUAAGCUCAGCCACGAGAUCAACCGCAGCAUCCCGCGCGGAGAACUGGAUCUCGUCUUCAAGAAGUAUUGUGGGCGGAGAGAAAACUUAAUGGCCUGCGUCGAGGAUAUGUUCACCAGCUUAGAGAAAUGCAUGAACGAACAGGAAAGAAAAGACCUUCAGAUUGUCCGAGAGGCCAUAGAUGCAGGGAUAGAUUUUGUGUGUCACAAAGAUGGUGACAGAAUUGCCCUGUUCAUGGCAGAGGAAGGCGAAGAAUGUCUCCGUAGUCAGAAAGACAACAUUAGGGAGUGUGUGGAAGAGAAAGUACCGGAGAUAAAGGACGCAGAAGAAGACAUGAGUUUAAUAUCCCCGCAAACUUUCACAAUAAACGAGGCAAACUGCAAGAAAUUAAACGCCAUGCAUCAGUGUGUUGUGAAGCACACUGAGAAAUGCGAAGACCCCACACCAGCCAAUAUCCUGGACUCCCUCAUAAUCCAAGUGCUGAAGGUGACACCGUGUUGGCAGACAAGUGGAGCAGAAACCGUAGCAUCGCAGUCGCAGUAUCUCCUCUCGGACACACUCACUCUCAUGGCCGCGGCACUCACUGCAGCCAACAUCCUGCUCUAAGGGAGACAGAAUGAGUACAGUUGAGUGCGAUGGAAUUGAUGCUCUAUCCUGGAUACAAAUUUCCCCUCCAGAUUUCAUGAGAUUGUGGGGAGCUCCUAAAUGAUAUACAUAAAAAGAAUUAGAGAUGUACUUAGUCCUGUUAAUUACAGUUUUGAGUUACUGUAGAAAUUGCCGAGGCUGUGAUCACGAUGUGUAGGAAGAUAUUUUUCUUUAGAAAAUGAAUCCCCAUAAGCAGA